AAAACAUGUUACUUUCAGGCAAUAAGUUAUAGAUUUAGUUUAUCGCCUAGCCUACUUCCAGAUAUACGCGAUGUCGAAAAUGAUGAGAAAGCCUUUAAAGUGUUUGAUUGUGUUUUCGUUUCUAAUAAUUUUGGAGACUCUUUGUAGUGAAGUUUGUAAUGAAACGUCCAAAUCUGCGUGCAAUUGCAAGUUACUGUUGGAUCAGAAGAGGCACAACUUACCUUCAUUAUUUGCUGACUGUACUGCACGAGGAAUCAGUGAAGUACCGUCUCUACUAAAGUCAAAAGUUAACCAUCUAGAUCUAUCUUUCAAUAAUAUUGCUGUUUUGGAUCCAAAUAUUCAGAAUCUUUCAAGUGUGGAGCUGUAUGUGUUAGAGCUGGAGUACAAUCAGAUCACCAGGAUAGAUGAGGAAUUUUUCUUUACCGCUAUAAACUUGGAGGUGCUGGAUUUGAGUCACAAUUCUAUUGAGUCACUGGAUUCUCAAACAUUCCAGCAUUCAGUGAAGCUUCAGAAACUAGAUUUGAGUUUCAACAUGAUCAAGCAUCUUCCACAAGAGAUAUUUAAGCCUUUAGAAAACCUAAACUAUUUGGAUUUGAGCUAUAACUUACUGGGAGGCUUUUUAGAAUCUACUUCACUCGUGAGCAAUCUCAAUCCUCAAAUAACUGAGCUCAAACUAAACGGAAUGAAUAUCACUGCUUUCCCAAAUGACUUUUUCCAUAGUUUCGAACAACUUCAAUAUCUGUCGUUGGCAGACAAUUAUUUGCUUUUGGUGCCCGUGUUACCUCAAUCUUUGCAAUACUUAGACCUAUCAGGAAAUAAGCUGGCUUAUAUUGCGGCACACUAUCUCAACUACCCUUCCCUCAAAGUAUUGAGACUCAAUAGAAUGGAAAGUCUCUGGAAUAUCCAUAACUAUGCUUUCUACAAUCUACCUGCUUUGGAAAAACUAGAAAUAACCGACUGUCCGAAUUUGAACCAAAUCAACGAGCUAGCAUUUGAUGCCCUUCCUGAAGACAGUAGACUUUUUCCCGACUUUAUUUCGCUAGCGAGGAAUCGUUUGAAUACACUGAAUGACACUUACGCAUUUAUUUUUAAGAAUAUGAAGGGAGCUGACUUAACAGAGAACCCUUGGCAUUGUGACUGUGAUAUACUUUGGUUGCAGCACUAUCGUCAUAUAUUGUAUCGACAUAACAAUGUAAGGUGUGAAACUCCAAAGCAAAUGAAGGGCAAACCGAUAACUAAUCUGUCAUCUACCGAUCUUCCAGAAUGUUUCCCGCACGUGUACGGCAAGAAGUCUCACAGAAUUCUAAUAGUUAUGCUCCUGGUCACCAUCGUUAUGCUUUUUGGUGUGAUAUUUGUUUUGAUCAGAUAUCCGUUCAGUUGGUUAGCUGCCAAUCGAGCAGUUGGGCCAAAUUCUCCUUAUAGUCCACCAUCCACUCCAGUGUCAGUAAGCAAUAACCCGUUCACCAUACAGUGAGCUUUUCGACAGAGUUUUGGCAGAAAUUAUUAAGGAGCCGGGAUCACAGCUCACUUCUUCUGAAUUUCGAUUUGAGUGGCUGGUUGGAAAAAGGUGUUAUAUUAUUUAUCAGCGAGUUUUAUUAUGUAUUAUUUUGCAAUAUUUGAUUUUUUUGAUGAAUAUAAGAUAUUAACGCUAACCCUUUAUACUGUUAGUUCCUUAUCCGUUAUAUGAUGAUGUCGGAGUCAUAAAUGUGUAAUGAAUUAACAUUGAUUAUGGUAAAGGCCGUCAGUCACGAUGCGAAAUUUUGUGCUAAAUUUCGUUCAAAAUGUUGUGCUAAAUUUCGUACAAAAUUAAGGAUAGUGUCAGACAGCAUUUAGUACAUAAUUAUAUAUGAGCAAAUUUAGUGCUAAAUUUUGUAGAAACUGUUCUAAAUAAUAUCAUACUAAAAGUGUACAGACGACUACUGCGUAUUUGGAGCAGUACAACGGCUGAUAUUACCUCAAACACUUAUUGAUGUACUCGUAAUCAUUGUGUUCACCAGUUUCCUGAACCUCCCCUGCGUAUGCUGUUCUACUCAUAGAUUGAAAACUUAAAAGAUGUCAUGAUCCAAAUAGCAGUGUGACAUAUUACUAAACGAGUAUGAGAAAUAUGGUUGCUGUAAAAAGCAAGCCCUAUAAAUACAGAAAAGCCAAAUAAGCUGCUUUGGAUAAAAUCAGAAUGACUUUAUAAGCCAGUGGAUUCUGCACUAGAAGUUCUUUAUUCAGCAUAUCGAGCACGCACAUGCCCUGGUCCCUCUCCCUGAUCCAUUUUCGGCACCAAAUUAUUUUACGGUUUCGUUCACUUUGUUUUCUCAUGAGGCGGGGGCGGGCUGCUACAACGCAGAUUGCUGCUGCCGCAGUCGCAUAUAAUACUCGUAUAUAUAUAUAUAUCUAAAGUGAGUAAUCGUAAGUUCCUCUUAAUAACUAAUUUCUUAAAUUUUUUUAAUAAAAUUAUCUGAUAAAAUGCGUUAAGCUACAUAUUUUUCACGGUAUGCACACAAUAUUAAAUAUUUAUGUUUCAAUUAGAACAAAAUAAUCAGCAAAACGCCACUGAAAUGUCAGUCCCGUGCCAUGUCCUGGUAGGAAUCUGUUGAUAAUAUCUGC